AUGCCUGGUUGUUGUCCCUGGAACUGUUUCAAUAUCUGUCGUCGCCGCAACAGAUCGCCCGGUUUUGGCCCUCAGUCUCCCAGUGACGAGGAAGCUGCUAUAGAGCUACAAACUAUACCUCCCCCUCCUCCCCCUCUCGGCAAUGACGCAUCCACCGAGGAUGGCAACAUUGACCUUAAUGUUUAUCAGUACGGUCAACGCCAAAUGUGGGGAGAGUUGCGACAAAGAUGGAUCGAUGAUCCAAAUGAGCCUAACUGCACAGUCCAACCACCAGAUUUCGAAUAUAGAUCCUUGGCCCAUACUAAACGCCGGUCCGAAAGAUGGAUAGUAAAAUUCGACCGCUGGAUUCCACGACCCCCGGCCCUUUCUGCUGAUCUCGAGAAUUGCGGCCUCCCUGUAGGCAGUGAAGAUUACCAUGAAGCCAAACUCACAAAGCAGUCGAGCCGUCCGAGCCCUAGAAGAGGAACAACCGGAAUUAACAUCCAUCAUAUUGCAGCUGCGAGGGGAGUUAUUAUCCUUAGAAAUGUUGACCGGUACGAUGGACCUUGGUGGAGUCAAGUCGCCCUUGCACAGUACGAUGUUCACUUUGGCCGGAAUGACUUGAGACAUAUAUACCUCGAGAAUGUUAUUAACGUGGAUACCAGGGACUUUAUACAGACACUUUGGGCUGAAACUCAACCAGCCAAUUCCCCAAGGUUUCAACUAAAUCCAGAAGCAGGAAACCAGGUGUCUUGGGAGUUUGAUACCCCCGGAUAUAAGGCUAUUCUAGGCACAGAGCUUGGGAAGGGAGUGGCUGCUAUUGUUGUGUCGGCAUUCAACAGAGGUUCACGUCGUAUCGCCAGAGUCGUUGUCUGGAGGGCGACUAUCAUGCAGAUACGGUUUGAUAUUGAACCCAGAGGCCAUUGA